CCUUGACAGGUAGACGCGAGGAAACAGGAAGUGGACACCUUAGUAGGCGAACAAGCCGAGACGGAGCUUAACAUCAGCACUAAAAUGAACAUGAGGGCAGGGGGAAAAUGCUUUGAGCGGCCUGACUGACGACAUGAGACAACCUUGGCUUCUUAUCAGUCUGUCGCUGGCAGUCCUCCUCUCUGCCAAUGUGCUGGCUCAGGACCAGGUACAGAUCCAGUUCCAGAGAGACCCGGUGCUGGUUCAAACCGGUACUGAGAUAGUGUUUACAGUGCUGACGGUGCCUCAGAUCCUGUCCAUGACAUGGAAAUACCAAGGAGAAGUCACUCUGGGUCUGUGGGCUGGGGGAGCUGCAGUAGUUAAUCCAGUGUCCCAGUUCGAGGGCAGGGUCACCAUCACUGCCACCCAGCUCCGAAUCGGAGGGGCCCAGCUCCGAGAUGCAGGGAACUACACGGUGAACGUGAUCCCCUCUGCUACCACAGGCCUGACUCCUAACUCCAGAUCAAUACAGCUGAGUGUGUUUGAUGCAGUGGCCGGCGUGAGUCUGGUCGUUCCGUCAGUGGCGGUGGAGGGGAGAAAUGUGUCCCUGAGGUGUACAUGGACUGCUGGGACAGAGAUUACGGUCCAGUGGGGCAAAGGAGGCGCAGCCAUCACUGCCAACUCCAGAAUCAGCAUCUCGGGUGGCUCUCUUGUCAUCAACCCAGCCAGACGGGGUGAUGCCGGGAGGUACACAUGUACCGUCAGAAACUUUGUCAGCGCCCAAACUGCCACACAAAGCCUCACUGUCUACUAUGGCCCUGACACCCCUGUGCUGACCAAGGACACCCCAAAAGAGUGUGUCGGGGAAGGGGAUGUGUUGCUGGGACAGACGGUGCGUCUCACCUGCGUGUCUGACUCGCUGCCCCCUGCCCUCUUCUCAUGGCAACGUGACGGACAGACUGUUGCAUCGGGCCAGCCAGACAGCGGGGUCCUCAGCCUUCAGACUUUCUCAACCAAUGAGAGCGGCCGGUACGUCUGCACGGCUAGAAACAGCAUCACCGGAGGCACGACGGAGCAGGGGACAGUCUUGGCCAUCGUAGACACAUGCCUAAAUGUAGGGGAAGUGGUGGGGAUUGUGAUUGGAGGUUUGCUGCUGAUCAUAAUCAUCGUGCUCCUCAUUGUGCUCAUUGUUUUUCUUGAGCGAAGGAAGAGGGAACAGUUGAGACAAAGAGAUACUGUGGUUGUUCAGAAGACCAACCCAAAUCCAAGGCCUAUACCUCCAGAUCCACAACCUAAUGGUGCAAGGGAAUUGGGCCAAGGUCCCCAGCCCCCCCACUAUCACGUGAACACACACACACUCCACCCUGAACGCUUAUACACAGCCCUGCACGAAAGCCGUGGCAACCCACAGACACUGCCGCUGAAUGGCCUGCAUAACACUGACACACACCAACACAAUGGUCGUACUCACACAAAUGGACUCCUACACAAUGCUAUUCAGAACACUAAUUCAUACCCACACAAUGGCAUUGACAACCCGGCUUUCACACACACUGAUGCUCAGAAUGCAAACACACUCCCAAACACACAGCAGCAAAAUUCUAACAUUCUCAUACAGGCUGGCACUGCCCAGGGCGGCAACCAGCCACCAGCUGUCCACGUCAGCCUCAACACACUGCCACAAACUGCCCAGCAUAACAACGCACAAAUGCCUACCAUUCAUGUCAAUCUUAACUCAUACUCAACCAACGGCCAACAGACUCAGCAAGACCAUUCAUUUUCUCCUUCCAACACAGCUAAUAAUAACGCUUUACAAACCCAACAGAACCUCUCCCAUACAGGGCAGUCAAAUCCCAGAAUGCAAAGUGGGCAGUCGUAUCCUAGUGACCCCCAACUGAAUCUUCCCAUAGACGCAGGUAAUCAAGCUCAGCCUGGACUUAUACCAACUGGUUACACACAUUUUAACAUUUCCCAGCAAAAUGCAGACACACAGACCUACCAGCCAGACACAGCGCAUCAUAGACGGUCUGAUAGAAACUCAGAAAGACACGAUGCCACUCCCAGCUCCUCCCGUCAACAGAUGCCAUGGGAUCGCCUCCGAGGGACACCUUCGUAUCCCAGCGAUAUGCUUCAAAGAAGACAGCUAUCACCUGAGUUCAACUCCGACACUACAGACUACACUACCCAUCCUCCCAUAAGAGACGCAAGAACGCCAAACAGAUCUCAGCCCCAAACCACUUCACGGAGCAGAGUUCCGACCAGACAAGAUGCACCAUCAGUGGACAGACAGACGCGGAGCCGUUCAACCGAUCCUCGAGGCCAGAACACUCGCAGUGUAACGCAGCUUCAGGCUACACACCACACACAGAGAAGCCCCCGCACACAAAGGGAGAAUGAUCAGCGAGACAUCAGAGGUCUGCCUGGUAGCCAGACUGCCCCCAGGCAGGAAGCCACACACAGCAAUAACCCCCAGGCACUGCCUCUCAUGAGCCAGCAGGUUACUGUAGGACACUCUGCCAUGUCACACGGACUCACAACACAACAAGGACUGACUGCACCACAGGGUGCAGAUACAAGAGCUUUGGCUGACCCUAAUCACCUUUCACAGGCACACAUGGCCCAGCAACAUAGAACAGCAACAAUCCAAACACCACCACAAGGCCUGGCCAUGCAGACACAGCCUGUCAUACAUGGUGCCAAUCACCCUCGCCAAGGAGGCACUGCUCCAAUCCUGUACCCUUCGGCCCAGCCUAAUCCCAGUAACCUAACCCAGGCUGCAGUUAAAGCCCACACUGAGAGAGCUCAAACAUUUCAGAAUCAGAAACAACAGACCUGGGCUGCCCUGCGUCAUCCCGGUCCACAGGCUCGAGCUCCUGCUGCUGGGGCUCAGCAUCCACCAACUCCUCCUCCUGUUAUACCCCUCGCACGGUUCCAGACCCUCCCCAAGGAACACACUCAGCACAAAUCCCCAACUAGAGGUCCUCAGCCCCCCAGGCCUCCAGUCAACAUACCAGUGGCUCAACGAAACUUACAAGUACAACAGCGGCCCAAUGUGCAGCGCCAUCCUGCCACCAUGUCUGCCAACCGUCAUCACCAUCCUGGAAAUGGACACAUGCAUGUCAGUGCACACAGGCAUGCCCAUGCCCAUGCCCAUGCCCAUGCCCAUGCCCAUGCCCAUGCCCAUGCCCAUUCCCGUGCCCAUGCCCGUGGCAAUGGGCACCCUGCCCACUUCACCAACCAACGACAGCAACAAGCUCAUAGAGGGAGACCAAGAUGAUGACAGAUGUCAACAGACUACACUCUACAACUGUCCCACAUCCAUGGACACAAACAAACAGCUGACAGACAUAAUCCAAUAUACCACCACCCAAGAUUGACUGCACAAGGUUCUGCACUCAAAAAAGCUGUCAUACCCUGGUAUCGCAGUAUUAAAGUCAGUUUUUUUUGUAAAAGAAAUGAACAUGUCUCCCAUGGGGAUGUAACUUUUUUGAAUACAGUCCUGCUUUCUUAAAAAGAAAUGACAAAUUAUCCCUAAGCUACAGGCUUGAUCUGCCACUUUUUUCAAAAAAUUUAUUAAAUUAAAUACGCUAAAUGAUACUGAAGGAUUUUCAUAUAAAAUGUUCCCCCAUCAACAACCCCUUUCUCCAGACACACACACACACACACACACACACACACGCGCACACGCACACACACACAUGUAUUGUACUAUUUUGAUUUCUGAAUCACUGGUCAAGCAUCAGACUUUGCCAAGAGCCUGCUAAGAGAAGACAAGCUCAGUGAUCCAAAGCUCCCAUCCACUCAUCCAUUCAUCAUCAAAACACCACCUUGACAAAAUGCGCUUGAGGGGCUUUCUAUGAAUACAGUAUCUUAUGGAGAUCUAAUGGUAACAAUGGACAGACUAAUGUAAAUGAGAAGGGGACCCUGCACAAGAUGGACUCACACCCUGGGAACCGUGACAAUUAUGAAAGAAGAAAUUAGCUGUAGGGGAGGUCUUAAUCAACAUGAAACUCUUUAUUUUUCGCCUUCUGUUUACAGAUGCCUCUUACUUCACUUCUCAAUUAAGGGGAUUCGCCUCAGUGGCGCUCAGAAGUAAUGCUCAGCUAACUAUAACGGGGAUCCCACAAAUGGAUGGGUAUUAAUUAAAUGCUUUUAUGUGACUUAAAUGACUUGGAAAAUAAUCACACCCGUGCAUGAAUGAGGUCUGCACAAAGACCUGAGCUUCCACGCUCUCUGCUGAAAAAGCACAAUGUUGCAAUUUACUGUCUGUACUGGGUCAUGGACAGCACUUAAAAAUGAUGGGAUGUCAUUAUUACUUUUACAGAUUAUGUAUUUAUUGAUUAUAAUGUUUGUGUUUUUUUAAACUCAGGGGUGUACUUGUGGAAAUUGAUUAUUUAGGUUGCAGCAAUUUAUUACAAUAUCAUUACUUAUCACUAAGUGUGACCAAAUUCAUCUGGACUUUCAAGGACAAGACUGCUGAUAUAAUUUUUCCUCUUGUCAACAAAUCCCACGACAAGUCUAAAACAAACCAUGAACUGAUCCUACUAAUAAGUAUAGUCUGUGUAGCCAAAUUAAUCAGCCACACUGUUAGCACAGGGUGACACUGUCCAUCAUUACGAUAAACGUGGUUGCUGCAGUUUUGUUUGAGCUAAUCACACAUUCAUCAUCAUGCUACUAUAACUACUCACUAGGGCACCAAAUGUGUAUUAAUCUCCCGCUUAAAAUAGUCCCCAACAAGUGCACUUUUUAAUGCUGUGUGAGUCACAUUUGGUAAAAGCUGCAGUGCUCAACUGUUUCAGGAAAUUAUUUAGCCCUUUUUGAAAACAUAACUAUAUAUUUAUGACCUUUUUCUGAAGAUUUAGGUCUUCAGUAGAAAUAAAGACCUGGCGCUGAGAGCAAACAGGGUAGGAAAGUCGGAAGUAUUGAGAGACGGACUAAUGCAUGGCUGGUUUUUGUCUUGUGGGACUUGUUGACAAUUUAAAAAAAAAAAAAAAGAGAGGAUAAUGAACAAAACAAACAUGAACAAAUUCACAGCACAUCUGGUGGCUCAAACCAGACAUCUGGAACAUGAGAUUUACUUUACUGCCUUAAAAAAUUGUGCCGCUUUUGAAAAAUUAAUGCUUGUAAAUAAUUGAUACAGAUGUUGAAUAUCCAUGUGAAAUGCCAAAAGCACAUUAUUUAUCUUUGCUUCUCAGGAAGGAUUUUUACAUUGUUUGGGCUUUAUGAAUCGUUCCUAGAUCUUAUUUUAUCAGUAAUAAUAAAGAACUAUUACUUUGUUACGUGUGUUUGCACUUAAGCUGGGCGAAGUCUACUUUUGAAAAAAAUCAUGGCACAUUGUCUUGUUAUUUCCAUCACAGAGGAAGAAACUUGUCUAGGCUUUUCAAAGCAGAAGGCACAAUCAGGACGUUAUUUUACUUUCAAAAUGAACACAUUCUUCCAAACAUGAUGACCUUUAGGUUUUCCGUGCAAAAUACCUACCGGCACAUGUUGACAGUAACUCAGACCACAAAAUAACCUAUUUAUUCAGGUGUUCCUCUGAAUCACAGUGCUGUUUGCAGUCUUAGCAUAUUUCUGCUCACUGUGUCUAUAGUGCUAAUUAUGCAUGGCGCUUGUGUACACCUGGUGCUGUUUGUUGAUUCUCCUCAGAUAAAUCUGUUCCUACGGCUUGUUGUGGAGGGGCAGAGCGUGUGUUUAGAUCACAGCUCCAUCAGUCUCCCAAUCCCCCGCUCCCACUUGUACGUCACCUCUGAUGAACAGUCCUGCUGCUCACUAUUGGGGACACUUGAUGGUAGCCUAGCAUUGUAAUGAGUGGAGAUGGAGUGCAAUUGAGUAUCUGCACUAGAAAAGGUUAGGGCAUUGCCUACCAGUUCCAGGUGAAAGCUGUGAUUUACGAAAAGUUUGGAGCAGUUUUACAAAUGCACCACCUUGUACACUAUACUUUGUCUUUGGAGUGAAGUGUGUUCUUUAUGGGCUACACAGCUGAAAUGACAAGACACUCUUUGUAGAAACACACAACACAGUAAACCUCAAACACUGAUGUGGCCACCUUCCCUUGGCCAAUUUGCUUGGAAAUCUGCUCGUGUUGUUUUAGUAGUCUGAUUUACUGUGACUGCCACAAGUAAUUGUAAUUGUUUACGUAUCCCUU